AUGAACGCCAGCGGUCCCGGAUACCCGCUGGCCUCUCUCUACGUGGGAGACCUGCACCCGGACGUGACCGAGGCCAUGCUCUACGAGAAGUUCUCGCCCGCCGGGCCCAUCAUGUCCAUCCGGGUGUGUCGGGACGUUGCGACGCGCCGCUCGCUGGGCUAUGCCUACAUAAACUUCCAGCAGCCCGCGGACGCCGAGCGAGCCCUGGACACCAUGAACUUCGAGGUGAUCAAAGGCCGGCCCAUCCGAAUCAUGUGGUCCCAGCGAGACCCCGGGCUCAGGAAGUCGGGGGUUGGAAACGUCUUCAUCAAGAACCUGGAUGACUCCAUUGAUAACAAAGCCCUGUACGACACGUUCUCUGCCUUCGGCAAUAUCCUGUCUUGCAAGGUGGUGUGUGAUGAAAACGGGUCCCGCGGUUAUGGCUUUGUUCACUUUGAGACGCGUGAGGCAGCGACUCGAGCCAUCGAUACCAUGAACGGGAUGCUGCUCAAUGACCGCAAGGUAUUUGUUGGCCACUUUAAAUCCCGCAAGGAGCGUGAGGCAGAGAUUGGGGCUAAGGCAAUGGAAUUCACCAAUGUCUACAUCAAAAACUUCGGGGAUGACAUGGAUGAUGACAGACUGCGGGAAAUAUUCUCCAAGUUUGGGAAGACGCUCAGCGUCAAAGUCAUGAUGGACAACGCUGGCCGCUCCAAGGGCUUUGGAUUUGUCAACUUUGAGAAGCACGAGGAAGCCCAGAAGGCCGUGGCCGACAUGAAUGGCAAGGAGAUCAACGGGCGCCUGGUGUACGUGGGCCGGGCCCAGAAGCGGCUGGAGCGCCAGAGCGAGCUGAAGCGCAAGUUUGAGCAGAUGAAGCAGGAGCGAGUGAGCAGGUACCAGGGGGUCAACUUGUAUGUGAAGAACCUGGAUGAUGGCAUAGAUGAUGAGAGGCUGAGGAAGGAGUUCUCCCCCUAUGGCACCAUCACUAGUGCAAAGGUGAUGACAGAGGGUGGACACAGCAAAGGGUUUGGGUUUGUAUGUUUUUCCUCCCCAGAAGAGGCUACCAAGGCCGUGACAGAGAUGAAUGGGCGGAUCGUCAGCACCAAGCCUCUCUACGUUGCACUGGCCCAAAGAAAAGAAGAGCGGAAAGCAAUUCUUACCAACCAGUACAUGCAGAGACUAGCCACCAUGAGGGCCCUUCCCGGCCCUCUGCUUGGCUCUUUCCAACCCCCAGCAGGCUACUUCCUACCCCCCAUCCCUCAGCGGCGUAUCCUGCAGCUACCCCGCUCCUGAGGGCUGCCGCGCCGCCUCGGCGCCUGUUCUCCAACAUCAGCACCAUGAGACAGGCGUCCACGCAGGUGCCACGCGUGCCCCCCCAGGCCCAGCGAGUGGG